AUGGUUAUUGGUGAAAAAGUUUAUAAAUUAAAAAAAGGAACUUAUAUAAUGUCAAAUAUUUAUGCGAUUCAUCAUGAAAAAGAUUCUUUGUUAAAAUUUGAUCCUUCUAGAUUUUUAAAUAAGAAUGAUGAUUUAUGUUUUGUACUUUUUGGCAUCGGUGGGCGUAGCUGUCCAGGAAAAUCAAUUGGUUUAUCUAUGGUAAAAAUUUUUGUGGCUAAUUUUUUAAUUAAUAAUUUAGACUACGAGAUUUUAACAAAAGAUAAAGAUAAACCAAAUUUUGGAUUACAAAGCACUUUUA